AUGCUGGCCCGCACGCCCGAAUCGAUCCUCCAUCCCAAAACCGGGGCUGAAGAGACCUUCACUCUGAACACCGGCGCCAAAAUCCCCGCCGUCGGGCUGGGGACCUGGCAGAGUGACCCCGGACAAGUGCAAGCUGCCGUGGCGCACGCGAUCAAGGUCGGAUACCGCCACAUCGAUGCGGCACUCUUGUACAGAAACGAGACCGAGGUUGGUGCAGGCCUCAAAGAAGCCUUCGCGUCUGGGAUCAAACGGGAAGAAGUCUUCGUCACUUCCAAACUGUGGAAUACCUUCCACCGUCGCCCCGAGGAUGGUCUGGACCGGACCCUCAAAAGUCUUGCCCUCGAUUAUGUGGAUCUGUACCUGAUGCAUUGGCCGGUGCCGAUGAACGGAGCAGGGAACCAUCCAUUGUUUCCGACUCGGCAGGACGGCUCCCGCGACUUGGACACGGAAUGGUCAUUUAUAGAUACGUGGAAGGGGAUGGAGAAACUCCUCGCGACCGGCAAGGUCAAGGCGAUCGGCGUGUCGAAUUGCAGUGUGCCGUUUCUGGAGAGACUGCUGGAGAAGAGUGAUGUGGUGCCGGCAGCGAACCAGAUCGAAAACCAUCCUUAUCUGCCCCAGCAGGAGAUUGUAGAUUUCUGUCGGGAGAAGGGAAUCCUGGUCGAGGCUUACAGCCCAUUGGGAAGUACGGGUAGUCCCCUGUUCGAGGAAGAAGGCGUGGUGGACGUGGCCAAGAAGCACAACGUCGGCCCGGGGACCAUCCUGAUCAGCUAUCAAGUCGCGAAAGGUCAUGUCGUUUUGCCCAAGUCGGUGACACCGACGCGGAUCGAGGAGAAUUUGAGGACGGUCAAACUUGAUUCGGCUGACUUGGAAGCGCUGGAAGGCAUCCACAAGACGAAAGGGCUGAAACGAUUCGUCUACCCGCAGUUUGGGGUGAACCUCGGAUUUCCCGACAAGCAAUAA